GGUUACUGCAAGCUGCUACUAUUCUCCUCUUUCGCUUUCUCUUCAAACUCGAACUGGGGUUAAAGAGACGGCGCUGUUCCGCUGUCCGCCUUGACCAAGCCUUGCUUCGUCUUGGCCCUCGAUUUUGCUUCAAUCCCAUUAACCUUUGCUUUUAUCUUUCUUGUAUCUAAAAUCCGAAAUCCAGGCAUCAUCAAUGGCGGUGAAACCCACUAAAGCCGAGAAGAAGAUCGCUUACGAUGCCAAAUUGUGCCAGCUUUUGGAGGAGUAUACCCAGAUUCUCGUGGUGGCGGCCGACAACGUCGGAUCCAACCAACUUCAGAACAUCAGGAGGGGUCUGCGUGGUGACUCGGUGGUGCUCAUGGGCAAGAACACAAUGAUGAAGCGCUCUGUCAGGAUUCACGCUGAGAAGACCGGGAACAAUGCCUUCCUCAACCUUAUCCCUCUACUCCAGGGCAACGUGGGGCUCAUUUUCACCAAAGGAGAUCUGAAGGAGGUUAGCGAGGAGGUUGCCAAGUACAAGGUUGGAGCUCCUGCCCGUGUUGGUUUGGUUGCUCCAAUUGAUGUCGUCGUUCCUCCUGGCAACACAGGGCUUGACCCCUCUCAGACAUCUUUCUUCCAGGUGCUCAACAUCCCCACCAAGAUUAACAAGGGUACUGUGGAAAUUAUCACCCCAGUGGAACUUAUUAAGAAGGGUGACAAGGUGGGCUCCUCAGAAGCUGCCCUACUUGCAAAACUCGGGAUUAGGCCCUUCUCAUAUGGGCUUGUGGUCCUAUCUGUGUAUGACAAUGGUUCGGUCUUCAGCCCUGAGGUUCUUGAUCUUACUGAGGAUGACCUUGUUGUGAAAUUUGCCACCGGUGUCUCCAUGGUGACAUCACUUUCUUUGGCCAUCUCAUACCCAACAAUUGCAGCUGCACCGCAUAUGUUCAUCAAUGCCUACAAAAACGUGUUGGCUGUUUCAGUGGAAACUAGCUACUCUUACCCUCAGGCGGAGAAGGUUAAGGAGUACCUAGAGGAUCCCAGCAAGUUUGCUGUUGCUGCUAUUGCAGCUGCUCCUGUUGCAGAUUCGGGUGCUGCUCCGGCUGCUGCUGCAGAGGAGAAGAAGGAGGAGCCAGCUGAAGAAUCCGAUGAUGACAUGGGUUUCAGCCUGUUUGAUUAAUUGUGGGUCAUUUAAAAGUUAGACAUUAUGGUUCUUUUGACAUGUCUGAGUUGUUGGAGUAGGUUAUUUUCUGUUUAUUCAAGAUAUUUAGUACUUUUUAUUCGUCCAGGCUUUAUGUUAUUGGCCAUAUGUGCAGUGAGACUUAGGUUGUGUAAUAUUUGGGGUUUCAAGUUGCUAUUUAUCCUUUUGUUUUACUUA